ACUUAUUAGACUACACGAUCGAGUUUAGAGACUAAGAAAAAUUACAGAGAUAUAGUGAGCCUUUGGAAAAGAACAUGGCAUUUGGAACAAAACUCAGUGUUUUUUACAUGUGCGUUGCCACGGUCACGAGUUUCCUUAUUGCUGACCAAGGCACAACGCAACAAAGUCUACUUACGACAACAAAUCUUGGGCCCGUGAAACAGUUUUCCAAAUUUUCCGAUGCCGAUUUAGAAAACAUGAAGAAAAUAAUGACUUUAGCAACGCGAGUCAUUUAUUCUGCCGAUAUCGCUCUUCAAGAAUAUGAAAACUCAGUAUUAUAUUCAGCAGCUGAACACCUUGGAAAUAAAUUGGAAACAAAAGACGUGGUUUUUUCAAAUCUUGAAGACAUUCUUUCUACGUCGCUGGAAUUAACUUGCAUAGAGAGUCGGGUUUUACAAACCAUCAGCAAAGGCCUAAAAAUCCGAGGUGUUGUUAAUGGACAAGAGAACGUAGCAUCGGAAAUCGUCGGUCGCUUUCAAGUCGUCCAGUUCCAAUUGAAAACUUUACAAAAUUUUGUUGAUUUCUCAAUUAAAAACAGAAGAACAAGCCAAUGUGAGCACUCGACAACGCAAGAAUCUUUUCAACAAUAUCUGAAUUUCGAUAUUGUGAAGGAAACACGGCAAAUCGUUCAAAAUUUGAAAGAUUUUGUAUCAGGUGUGAACCGCACUUUUAACGACUGUGAAACAGUGGAUAUACUUAUGACUCUUUUAAGUCGGGCCAAAAAUCUUAUACCUAAUAGCAACCAUUUCUCCACUCCCCCUCAUGAAACAACUGUAACUUUCAACCAAACGAUUCGUUAUAAAUGGAAUGAUACCAUACAAAUCUUAUGUGGCGUAUUAUCGGACGUAAAAACCGUUCAGAGAGCAACAGAAUCCACAGGAAUCAAAACGAGACAAACAGGUGCUCUAGAUGACGUCAUAAUCAACAUUCAAAAAAGUUUGUCGGCCCUUGCCGGGAGCAGCGGAGUGUGUUCCGAGAACAACAUUCCAUUGACGGACGGGCAGAAUGGGUUAAAAAUGGCGAAUAAACAAAUUGACAACAUCUUGUUUGAACUGUUCUCAUACAAAAAAUCUCAAUUUUGUCAUUUUUGAUUUCUUCCCGAAAAUAUUUAUACAACGCUACCUCUCAUCUGUUGCAUAAUAUUUGAUUCCCCGUUUCUGUUUUUUUUUUAUCGUGCAUUAACUGUAUACAAACGACUACCCUGCCAUUUUAUCAUAAUAUUUCGUGCUAUAUGUACUUUCAUUUUUUUUAUAGUGGUGUGAUUCUUUUUAUACUGUUAUUC